AUGCAACAACACACUCGAGAGAGAGUUUUGCUAGCACUUUUGUUUCAUUUGUUGGCUGUGUCGUUGCUUGGAUAUGGACAUGCUGAUCAUGGACAUACUGACCCAAUUCUAUUCAAUACUAUUGGACAUGGUAGGAUUUUUGAAGAAAAGAGCAAUUUUACCAAGGACACUUGGAGAACUGGUCGCGGCCCAAGAGGUUGUGGUGUCAGCUCCAAAGGAUGGACCAGAGUUGUCGGAGGGCAACCAGCUAAUCCUAAAGAAUGGCCGUGGAUGGUCGCGCUCAUUAGGAGAGACUCUGAUCAGUAUUGCGGAGGAGUUUUGAUCACUGAUAGACACGUACUUACUGCUGCUCAUUGUUUGUAUGGAGUUAAAAUAAGAAACAUAAUAGUCAGACUGGGUGAAUACGAUUUUUCCCGACCCGAUGAAACACGAUCUCUGGACUUCAGAGUAGUGGAUGUCAAGAUUCAUGAAAAUUUCAAUCCGUCCAGUUACGAGAAUGACAUUGCAAUACUAAAAAUUAACCGGCCAACUAUCUUUAACAACUACAUCUGGCCAAUUUGUCUACCGCCUGAAGGGACUUCCUUUGAAAAUAAAAAUGCUAUCGUCAUUGGUUGGGGCAGCCAGUACUACGCCGGUCCGCAGAGUUCGAUCUUGAUGGAAGUCCCGGUGCCAGUGUGGCCGAAGCACAGGUGUGCCCAUACUUUGGCCCAGAGACUGCCGGAUUCCAUAAUUUGUGCGGGAGGUUACGAGGGUGGACGAGACUCCUGUCAGGGUGACUCAGGUGGACCUCUCCUCCAUCAAUUAGGCAACGGGCGUUGGGUCAACAUCGGAGUAGUAUCAUGGGGCAUCCGGUGUGGUGAUCCAGGGCAUCCCGGGAUUUAUACAGACGUCAGCUCUUUCCUCGACUGGAUAUUCGGCAACGCCAUCUUCUAG